AUGCAUGAUGCUUCCAUCAUUGAUACUCCUGUUGUGUUAUCUGAAAACAAAGUCUUGGAAGACGUCUCAACUUGGAUGACUGGAAGCUAUGAUGUUAUGUACAAUCUCAGUCCAAAAAAUUCUUUUGAAGAUGCUGUGGCCGCAGCCGCAGAGGCCACAGAUGAACAGCUGCAAACGGAUGAUCUUCUCUCUACUAUACCAGAAGAUAUUGAUCAACAGAUAUUCAAUAACACCGCUAUGUCUUUUUCAACCCUUGUUGGUCCCAAUGAUUCAAGCUUGUCUGCAGCACGCAGUGAAGCUGCACUGGCUGACUUGGCCGGAGAUGACCACAAUAUCAAUACAGUAGUAUUGAAGGUGGCAUGA